GCGCCACGGUCGAUGUGACGCGCUACAACCAUAGAACGGUGUAAUGGACAGUGAUCUAAUCAAGAAAAACGUACUUUUCAUUACAAUUACGUUGAAUAGAAUUCUUAGUCAGUUUUGAACAUCCAAUCAUUGCAAGAUCAGUGCCUGCCAUGGAGGGUGAAGGAGGAGACCCAUUAUCUGUGAACAAAAAUCCAAGGAUCAUAAAAGCUGCCCAAGAAGAAGUAGCCUGUUUGGAUGUACUAGUCUGUGGCACCUGCCAUUAUGUGUUUCAUUUUAUUGAAGCUUUCGAAGAACAUAAGAAUGCCAAUGAGUGUGGAAAACCUACAUUCAAGGCUAACCUGUCUGAAUCAAAACCUCAAGUUUGGGCAUUUCUGCUAUGGAAAAGUUCUGUAAUGAAUCAACACAAAGCAGAAGGGGAAAAAGAGCCAAUCAAUUCAUGGAAGCUUUAUCAGCGAUGGUGCAAGAUGGCAGAAAAUACAAGGGAAUCAUGGAUUGCAGCUGGCAAGUCCAUACAAACUUUUUCUACACUAGCCAAUGCAAAAAUAGCAGAAAUAAUCCAUUCUGGGAAGAAUCCUAUAGAGGUGAGGCCUCGAGUUGUUACUACAAAGUCUAUGCCGUUGUCUGACGAUGAGGAUGAUGACUAUAAAUCAGAAGAAUUGGGUAGAAAUGAUGCAGAAAUAAAAACAGAACAGCGGAAAGUUGUACGUAAGAUUGUACGUAUACCUGUGGAUAAGAAUGGCGGCGUGAGAGACGUACGCCCAAUACGUGGCAGCCAAAAUAUGAAAGAGAUACGGACUUACUCUAUCAAAAAGGAUCAUUUAGGCGAAGUAACACUGGCAAGAACUGAUAUGAAUGAAUCCGUAUCCGCUGCCAUUGAAAGUGGUGGAGAUGAAGAAGACGAAUCUCUGGAGUCUGAAGAUAAGGAAAAUGUAAAGGAACCAACAGAGGAAGCAACAGAAUCUGCAAAACCAGAUAAAGAAGAUGAAGAAAAGAGCACAGAAAUGUUGCAGACUGAAACAGGAGAAUCUAAAAUUGUAAAAACUGGAGACAGUAAAUUAGUGAAGGACCCUCUUGGUGAUGGCAUGGUUGAAAUUAAGGUGGAGAAUAUGAGUAGUGAAGAGGAUCAAGUGGAGGAGCCAGCAGAACAGGGAGAAGCAAGCAUGAAACCUAGGGUUCGGAGUUCAUUUGGCCCCGCGCCACCAGCACAGCGACCUGGCACGGUGAAGAGGAGACCUCUACCAGACAUCAAACUGCCCGGUAACAGGAUGAUGCGGAAAAGUGACAAGAACAAAGACAGUGAAGAUGAAUAUGUGGUAGAAAAGAUUCUUGCAAAGAGGUUCAACCCAAAGAGGAAGUACCAUGAGUAUUUACUGAAAUGGGAAGGAUAUCCACAUGAUCAGAAUACAUGGGAACCUGUGGAGAAUAUGGCAGCGUGUGACAAACUGGUUGAGACAUUUGAACGUAACCUUGCAAGGCAGAAAGCAAUGCAGCAGAAAGCUGCAAAUCAACUGUCCCACCAGAAACUAAAUCAAAGCAUAGCUGAGAAGCCUCUGAUAAAGGUUAAGAGUUCGGUAAAAUCUGAAGAGUUGAAUCAACCUGGACCUAGUGGUGUAACAAAUUUAGAGAGCCGUCCAGUACGAAGCAGCAAGAAGAGAGCUCUGGAGCAAGUUAAGUCAUGGUGUGGUUCUAUGACCAAGAAAGAGUUUGAAACAGGUAAGAGGAAAGCUGGUGAAGAAAGUGACUCUGAUGAUGACAUUAUACCUGACAAGAAAAUAAAAUUAGAACCGCCAGAUGAUGAUUGGAGUGGAGGUGAAGUAGGGACAUCCUUGAACAGUGGUGGAUCUUCAGAUGAUGACUCGUGCGAGAAGAAACGACCUAAACAUAACAUAGGAUCCAUGCAAGGAAAUCAAAACAAAGUGGUGGGGAUUAUUCACAAAGCAUCGAUGGUACAGCUUGGAGAUGAUGUUAUAAAACGAGGACCUGGCAGACCAAAACGGCUACAGUCGAUGGAGUCGAGUAAUACUAUAAAUGGAAUUGCUAAAAAUAAAAGUUCCACAACAAUGGAGAAAGAUCUGGCCGUGGAAUUGGGUUUAGCAUCCGAUUCCUCCCCUGAACAUAAAAGUAAACCGCAGCCCAUCAUAAAACAGUCUCCUUCAUCACAGCCUCCAGUUCUUGUCGCCAACUCAAAAGGUGUUAUUAAGGUAGAUCCACGACAGGUCCCAAACCUUACUUCAGGUGUCUAUAUAGUAUCCAAUAAAUCUGGUAUUGUUAAACUGAAUGAUCUGCCUUCAUCAUCACCAGUGAAAGGAAGAUUGUCACCCACAAAACAGUCUCCACAAGGGCAGAAAGUUGGAAGUGUAGGAGUCGUGGUCCCAGGAAGCAAGCGGGAUGGUAUGCUGACGGGCAUUGUGCGCAAACCUCUCUCCCAACCAAGCGCAGGUGCUCGUUCUGUUUUAGGACAAACUUCAUUAAAGCAAGGAACUCCACUUAGAGCACCCCUGAGUGUGAAUUCUGGUUUGGUGCGAGUUACGCCACCAGGAAGUUUGAACAAGUCUAUGUCAGGAUUAUCUCAUAUAGGGACUUCGGGGGGAAGACCUCCUCUCAUGUCACCAAGGGUGGGUUCUCGGCCAUUCUCUUCUCCCCGCCCACUUUCUAUGUUAACUCAAAGACCUGGUUUGUUGCAGUCGUCACUGCGACCAGGACUACAGCCCAGAUUACCUGGGAUGUCUCUUAGGCCAAGCUUAGCAUCUCCUGGUUUUAAAAGGUCACCUUUAGGAAUACCAGGAGUUCAGACCAAAAUUACUAGUGCUCUGAGGCCAAAAAUGCCUCUUCAAUCACCUUUAGGAAGGGGGAUGAUACGAACGCCUUCCCCAGCUACACAGGUUAAGAGUGGAAUUAAACCUAUUCAUGCUAUGUUAGGCAAGGCUGUGCAGAAUUAUGGCCCAUCACCAACAAUGAGUGCACAACAGAGAUUAAUAUUAGCUAAGAAACAGCAGGAGGCAAAGGAGACUGCUGUCUUGGUGAAGCAGGGUUCUGGCGGUGUACCAAUGCUGCCCGGUUCGGUAUCCAUGAAACCUAGCAUAAAAGCAGAUGAUCCAAGGUUAAGGAAACCAAUAGGGAGGGGAAGGGGCAGAGGUCUUUCAGUGGGUGAAGGCAUAAAUAACGGUAGACAGAGGGAUAGCAAACUGAUAGAUGGUGAUGGACUUCAUAUGGAGUUCCAUGAAGUUCACACAAGCAGUGACAGUGAUGAUGGAGUCGAGUCCUUACCAGAGCUUCCAAUGGGAGAUCUUCCCUCAUUGGAACCAGACAGCCCACCACGACCAUUUACUUUAUGUCCCGAAACUGGAAAGAUUUUGGGUCAGGCGGAAGGAGAACCAACACCAGUUCCAAGUCCAGACCCUGAGCCAGAGCCUGAACCAGUACCAAAAGCAGAGGAGGAGGCAGAAGAAAUAUUACCUGACAAACGAGAAGGCUCGCCUAUUCGAAUUGCUGAGGAAUCUCCAUAUCAAAAUGAUGAAGAAGAAACAUUACUAAAAGUGGAAAUGAGCCCUGGUGGAACAACAGGAACUGUGAUAGAAAGUAAUGUUGCUGAUCCAGAAUCAUACAUGAAUACGCUAAGGACAGAGGAGGGCUUGACCGUUACAAAGAUCAGUACCACGAAUACUAGAGUAAAUGAUUCUCAGCAGCAGGUUACCGUGUCUACGCCGAAAAUAGGUGGGGGGAUUUCUGUCCCGGCAAGGAAAUUAUUUCUAGACUCUACGAGCAACAAUGAUAGUAGUGGUAGUAGUGGUGUUGGCCCCAGUAACGGUGGUGGCAGUAAUGAAAUGAACACCGAAUUAGUGACAUUUGGGGAAGAUGGUGUAGUGUAUCAGAUUUCAACAGAGGAGGAGCAGGAAGGGGGGGAAGCAAUGUUAGUGUCUGCAGACGGAGAGCCACAGUGCGUGUAUGUGACGGCUGAACAGGCGGCAGGAAUGGAGGACGGGUCUGUUCUCACUUUGGACACGGCUGUUGCCGAGGCUGUGGCACAGCUGAUGCCUGAGGUGAAUGUGAUAGCAGGUGGAAGUGGUUGUUCGCAGUUUUACAUGAAGGAAGUGGAUGCAGAUAGUGAACAACUGAUGAUCACCUCAGGGGUUGAGGACGGAGAGGAAACAACCCAGGCCCAAGUUGUGGCGCAAGUCGUCCAGGAGGGAGAACCAAUGUCUGGAACAGGUGGAACAAGGAGAGUGGUGCUUCUCCUGCCAGACGGAAAUCUCAUGAUGACUGAGGUGGAUGAGGAACAGUAUGCAGCUUUAGAAUUGGACAAAUGAAGCACAGAAAUCUGCUCACGGUUUCAAAUUGUGAUGCCAAUACAGUUGGAGCGCUGAGCUGAAAUAAUGUGAUGCGUCUGACAUUAAAGCAGUUUGAAUAUCUGCUAAUAUCGCACCCAGUCAUUAUAUAGACAUUUUCCCAAUGUACCGAGUCUUGAAGCAUUGCACGAACUCCACGUGAUUAUAAAAAGACUGGGAAGGAAGUGACUUUUUGUAAUUUAAAUUAGAAUUUCUAAUAUGUUGGAAUAGAGUUAUUUUGAUUUGAAAAAGAAUUUUAAAACCUAUUAGGAUUCUAUCUCCACAGAUUGCUGUACAAAGUGUAUAGCUUAUUAUUAAUGACAUGAAUUUGGAAUGUGAGUACAAACUUAUAUUUUAUUUAAUACUUGUAAACAUGGUACAUUACUUUCACAUAAUAAGUUAGUGUUUUGUGAAGUUUAGCAAUGGACACAAAUGUAGUAGGCAGAAGGCAGGCAUUGCCAUGGUAAUGACACGAGGUUUUGUACGGUUAUAUUUUGCAUGUCUCUGAAUUAUGAAGCUCAUGAUCAAAUUGUUCCAUGUAUCAGUCCACUGUACCUUUUCAGUUAUCACUUGACUUCUGUGCAACUGUUAUGAGAAAUAUUAAUAAACAUGUCAGUGUGAAUUGUUUGUUGUACAUCACUUUAUAUCUGUUUAAUGUACUGAAUUUCAGGGGGAAAGUUUUAACAUAUUUAACUCAACUUUUAGUAUAGUUGCUGAUUCAGAUACUAGACAUAAUAUUGAGAUACAACACCUGUAAAUUCUUUGUGCUUUCAAAUACAGCAAAACAUUAUUCAGAAAUAGUAUUAUUAAUUAUCAUAAUCUGCACUUUGUUCAUAUGACAUAGAGAAAGUUUGAUCAUGUGUCCAUAAUUUUCUAACCAUGUUUUGAGUGCUUGAACAUGAACCAUAAAAUCACAAAUAUCCACUUUUCUUUUCAUUAUUUUGUGAAUUAAAAAAUGUAGCUGAAAUUCUGUAUAUUUGUUUAUGAUGUGGCUGUUUGUAUAUGUUCAUAUGUUGAUGAAAGAAUAAUUAUUAAAGUAAUGGAUUUGGUUGAAAAGAAUGGGUGAGGAAGAAUUUUUUUUCCUCAUAUACCCCAUGUUUAUGGAAAUAUAAACAUGUUUUAAAAUAAAUAAUGAUAUUGACAAAAUGUUCAAUAUGCCAUCAAGUGACACUGUACCAGUAAAGUGAGGUGAGGCUCGUGAUGUUGCUACUUGAUAAUUUGUAAUUAGAUUUACUUUUGUCUCAUUCAAGUCUGUAGAAUGUUGUAAAUAUGCCAGCCCCACAAUUAUUUUGUGUAAACAUGCAUUAUUCUCACCUUCAAAUGUCAUUAUGCCCAUUUCCCUCUGCAUUUCUUAUUGGAAUUAUUUUCUCUAAAUAAAUUAUAUACAGUUUCUAAAAGUGGA